ACUGGUGGUGGCUAAUCUUUGCUUUUUCUCUCUCGCUCAACCAACCUCAUUUUCCAAAUUCAUAUUCAUCACAUUAUUAUUAAUUAAUUAUUUCUAUAUAUAUUUGAUUUCAUUUCAUUUUUCUCCCAUCCCAGUUUACACCAAAAACAAAAUUCUGUUCGUAACGGCAAUGCUGUAGGCUGUCGCCGUUCCGUAACGGCGAUUGGUGAUAGUGAGCGUUUCAUCUUCCUUCUCAACGCUCCCUAUCACACCCUCACAUUUCUUUCUUUUCUAUCUCCGUUGACGGUUCCGUCACCGGCAACAACAAUGACUCCUCAGAAAUCAGACUCCGUCGUUUACCUUCACGGUAACCUCGAUUUGAAGAUCGUUGAGGCUCGUUAUUUACCAAACAUGGACAUGUUUUCAGAGCGUUUUCGAAGAUUCUUCUCCGCUAUUAACAAAUGCAGCAAUUCAAUCAGUGGUAAAAACCAUCCACCACGUCAUCAUCAUCAUAAGAUAAUCACCAGUGAUCCAUACGUAACCGUUUGUCUCGCCGGUGCUACGGUGGCGCGUACGCGUGUUAUUUCAAACUCGCAAUCACCGAAAUGGGAAGAGCAUUUUAAAAUUCCUUUGGCUCAUCCUGUUUCUCAGGUUGAAUUAUACGUGAAAGAUAAUGACAUGUUUGGCGCUGAAUUGAUCGGAAUCGCAACCGUUUCUGCUAAGAGGAUCUUAUCAGGUGAAUAUAUCAGUGAUUGGUUUCCGAUUAUAGGUUCUGGCGGUAAACCUCCAAAACCUGAUUGCGCGGUUUUUAUUGAGAUGAAAUUCACCAGGUGUGAUGAUAAUCCUCUUUACCGUUCCGGCAUUGUGCCUGAUCUGGAGAGGUUUUCGGUUCGGGAUUCGUAUUUUCCUGUUCGGAAAGGAGGAUCGGUGACGCUGUAUCAAGAUGCACACGUUCCGGAUUCGAUGUUGCCGGGGAUUGAAUUGGAUGAUGGUGUUGAAUUUCAGCAGGGGAAAUGUUGGGAAGAUAUUUGUCACGCAAUAUUGGAAGCACAUCAUAUGGUGUAUAUUGUUGGUUGGUCAAUUUACCAUAAGGUGAAGCUUGUUAGAGAACCAACAAAACCAUUACCAAGUGGUGGAAAUUUGAAUUUGGGGGAAUUACUCAAGUAUAAAUCACAAGAAGGUUUGCGAGUUUUACUGUUGGUUUGGGAUGAUAAAACUUCACACAGCAAAUUUUUCAUCAAUACGAAUGGAAUAAUGCAGACUCAUGAUGAAGAAACUCGAAAGUUUUUCAAGCAUUCUUCAGUUACAUGUGUGUUAUCACCACGAUAUGCCAGCAGUAAGCUUAGCAUUUUCAAGCAGCAGGUUGUCGGAACACUUUUUACGCACCAUCAGAAAUGUGUGAUCGUUGAUACCCAAGCACAUGGCAAUAAUCGGAAGAUAACCGCAUUUAUAGGUGGUCUAGAUCUUUGUGAUGGCCGUUAUGAUACACCUGAGCAUAGAAUUUUCCGUGAUUUGGACACUGUUUAUAAGGAUGAUUUUCAUAAUCCCACAUUUGUGGAAGGAACCAAGUGUCCAAGGCAACCAUGGCAUGAUCUGCAUUGCAAAAUUGAAGGGCCCGCUGCAUAUGAUAUACUCACUAAUUUUGAGCAGCGAUGGAAGAAAGCCACCAAAUGGUCUGAGUUGGGUCAAAAAUUCAAAAGAGUAUCUCACUGGCAUGAUGAUUCUUUGAUUAAGUUAGAACGCAUCUCUUGGAUUCUUAGUCCUUCUGAAUCAAUGCCAAAUGAUGAUCCUGAAUUAUGGGUUUCAAAGGAAGAUGACCCUGAAAAUUGGCAUGUUCAGGUUUUUCGAUCCAUAGAUUCAGGCUCUUUGAAAGGAUUUCCUAAGAAUACAUAUGAAGCCGGGGCUCAGAAUCUUGUUUGUGCUAAAAAUUUGGUCAUAGAUAAGAGUAUUCAAACAGCUUACAUACAUGCCAUCAGAUCCGCUCAGCAUUUUAUCUAUAUUGAGAAUCAAUACUUCAUUGGAUCAUCCUUUGCUUGGCCAUCUUACAAAGAAGCAGGUGCUGAUAACUUAAUUCCAAUGGAGUUGGCACUAAAGAUUGUCAGUAAGAUCAGAUCCCGGGAGAGAUUUACUGUUUAUAUUGUCAUUCCAAUGUGGCCCGAAGGCGUCCCUUCUUCUGCCGCCGUGCAAGAAAUGCUCUAUUUUCAGGGACAAACUAUGCAAAUGAUGUAUGAAAUCAUAGCUCGGGAAUUGAAAUAUAUGAAACUUGACAAUAGCCAUCCACAAGAUUACCUCAAUUUUUACUGUCUUGGUAACCGAGAGAAGUUUGCAGCUGAAGUUUCAAGUCCAAAUAAUGCACAUUGUGAUCAUGGCGACACGGUUUCAGCUUCACAAAAGUUCCAACGAUUUAUGAUUUAUGUACAUGCCAAAGGAAUGGUUGUGGAUGAUGAAUAUGUGAUAGUUGGGUCUGCCAAUAUCAAUCAACGAUCUUUGGCUGGAUCAAGAGAUACCGAGAUAGCAAUGGGCGCAUAUCAACCCCGUCAUACAUGGAACAAGAAAAUGGGACAUCCUCGUGGUCAGGUAUAUGGGUAUAGAAUGUCCUUGUGGGCAGAGCACUUAGGGACCAUACAUGACUGCUUCAACGAGCCUGAAAGUUUGGAAUGUGUGGAGAAUGUGAACACGAUUGCUAAAGAAAACUGGAAAAAGUAUACAGCUGAUGAUUUUAAGCCAUUGCAAGGGCACAUUAUGCAAUAUCCCAUCAAAGUGAAUGCAGAUGGGAAAGUAUGUUCUUUACCUGGAUUUGAGUAUUUCCCAGAUGUCGGUGGCAAGGUGCUAGGUUGCCGUUCUACCUUUCCCGAUGCUCUAACUACAUAGAUGUAGCAUGUUUGGUAUCAUGUCAAGUUUUCGUUAGAAUCAUGGUGAACUAUGAAGUGAAGGAAGUGUAGCUACAAAAUCACAAUGCAUGUGAUUCUGGAAAACCCAAUGUGAUGCCUAAUAACCUUCCAUUCUCAAAUAAGGGAGAGAAUUGGAUUGCAGGACAUUCCGGGCAAAAAUUUAGCGGCUCCUUGCCCCUGAUUUUUUAUAACUAUCCACUGUAUAGUAUGCAAUGGGCUGUGUAUGCCACAACCACACUAUAUAUAUGUUGUAAUGAUUGCUUGCUACAUAGAGUUUGGGGCUUCAAGUAACUUAAUAAUAAACCAUCAUUUCUUAGCCCCACGCCAGUCCCAACGCUUCUUGAUUUCUAGGAUGGUGUUGCAAUUGUUCCAACGGGGACUUCACACCUACCGGUAAAAACAGAGUUUAAAAUUUUAGACUUUAGUGUUUUAUUUUUAUAUUUAAAAGUCGUGUUGAGACUUAAGAUCAAUAUGAAAUGGAUGUCCAUCCUCUCUUCUUUUUUUUUUUUCCUUUUUUUUGGAUUAAAAAAUGGAUGUACAUCCUCUGAUAUUGUAUUAGUGUUACCCUAUUAUUCCUUCCUAAUUGGUGUACUAGUAGUAUCAUUUAUCAAAGGGGAUGAUUAAGGUA